AUGUCUUUGGUGAAGCUGGCCAAUACCUGUGCUCAUAUCCAGAAUUGUUCUCGAGUGAGGAGUACCCUCACUUCCAUUCCAUACACAAAGCUACACCUUCAAUUUGCAUACAACCUAUAUAGGCAUGGAUUCAUAUCGUCAUUACAAAAGGGAUCGACCAAAGGACCAGAUGAAGUAACUGUGGAAAUCACGCCAGAUAACAUCUCUACCAGAAGACUAUGGAUCGGGUUGAAAUACAGAGAGAAUAAGCCAAUUUUGAGCUCUUGUCGUUUGAUAUCUAAACCUAGUGCCAGAGUUUACCUUUCUCACAAUGAUAUGAGAAAACUUUGCUCUGGUGUGACUGUGAGACUGAUUAAACCGCUACAGCCAGGUGAACUGAUCUUAGUCCAGACUCGUGAUUCUGUGGUAGAAAUUAAUGAAGCCGUCGCCAAGAAAUUCGAUGGACAAGUGCUUUGCAGGAUCAAAUGA